AAUGUUAUCCUAAUUACUUUCCUUCAAUGACAUUAACAGUUCUACUAACUGCAGAAGAAUCUGAAGCUCAUGAGGACCCUUGUCAACUACCCCAACUUCCAGUAAUCUCGGUGGCCAAAGUCUCCAAAAAGGCUAGCGCCAUUCCUGUUAAAACUAAGUCUUUCCUUGGUCGGCCGAUCCGAUCACAGCGGAGCAUCAUCAGUGGCAAUGAUUCAAAAACCAUCAAAUUUCUGCUCAAACUGACCACUAAAAGCUACUUCGAAACCCUGAGAUACGAAAUUGAUCGCAUCAAGGAAAGUGAUCGUAAAAUGCAAGAUCAAACUAGUUCACAUGCACACUCGAUCAUGGCUUUGAUCAGCAGGGGAGUCGAUUUUGAUAGAAAAAUGAACGAUUUGCGAGAGCAGAAUGCAAGGUUACUGGUUGAAACAAGGGAAAAGGAUCGAGCCCAACAGGAUACAGUUAAUGCAAUCACUACUGAGUUGAAUGAGCUGAAAUCCGUUUGCAAUCUACUUUUGAAGAACAUCGAAAAAGAUCACGAGUUGGAGGUUCUUGCGAGAAAGUUACGCAAAUCGAAAAAGUUUGACUCAAAUACGUACAAAAUGCUCAAGUCCCAACUUAGAAAACCCAUUCAGGGAAAGAGCGAAUCCAGGAAAUCAAUGGUUAAAUUAGUACAGCAAAAAUCACCUUGUUCUCUCCCGUCGAAAACAAGAAGCGAAAACAUCAUAGGCAACCAAAAAUCCAAAGGAUCACGCCGAUCGCUUGCUCGAAUCAAAAGCGACUGGUCCUCGCUUUCCAGCAUGUCAUCGGUGUCCACCGGAACGGACAUGUUGAGUGACAUUGAAAUGACCUCAGACAAAAAGAGUGGUAGCAGUGCAGCUUCGCAAAAAACUCCCAAUACAUCCGCCGAAAACUGUAUUGUGGAUCCAAAUAUCUCAACGAAAAAGCAAAAAACGAAAAAUAAUGAAACUAAGGGCAAGCAGUCAAGCUUAAUGAAAAUUUUCUGCUGCGGUAGACGUUCAAAAACUAACAAGGAAGUUAAAUCUAUUGAAAAUUUCGAAGUAGUUUAA